AUGGUCCAAACAUCCUACCUUUACAACUCACUUUUAUUUCAAAUCACUCAACAGCAUGGAGCUGUCAACCAAACAACUAUCUCAGAAUUCAUUCUUCUGGUGAUUAGUGAAGAUCCAGAUUUGCAGCCUUUCAUCUUCAGCCUCUUCCUGUCCACAUAUCUGAUCACCAUCUUAGGAAACUUGCUCAUCAUCCUGGCUGUUAGCUCUGACUCGCAACUACACAAACCCAUGUAUUUCUUUCUCUCCAACCUGUUCUUUAAUGAUAUCUGUUUAAUCACAACCACAAUCCCAAAGACAGUGGUCAACAUCCAAGUUCAGGAUCAAACCAUCACACAUGAUGCCUCUCUUAGGUCUGUCUGUCUUAUCUUGGAUUUUGGUAGCAUAGAAAAUUGUCUUCUUGCAGUAAUGGCAUAUGACCACUUUGUUGCCAUCUGUCACCCCCUGAAGUACAUAGUUAUCAUGAAUGCACACUUCUCUGUUAUGACAGUUCUCUUCUCUCUGUUCUUUAGCAUUAUACGCUUAUUCCACACUCUGAUGGUUUUAGGGCUGUCUUUCUGCACAGAAACUGAAAUCCCCCACUUCUUUUGUGAGUUGGCUCAGAUCAUCAACCUUGCCUGUUCUGAUAUUUUCAUCAAUUAUAUGCUGGUAUACACUGUGUCUGUUCUAUUUUUUGGUAUUCCUGUCUUUGGAAUCAUUUUGUUUUAUAUUCACAUUGUCUCUUUUGUUUUAAGAAUGUCAUCCUUGAGAGGAAAGUAUAAAGCCUUUUCAACCUGUGGGUUGUCAGUUGUUUCUCUGUUUUAUGGAACAGGUUUUGGAGUACCCAUUAACUCUGCAUUUUCAGACUCUCCAAGGAAGACUGUAGUGGCUUCAGUGAUGUACACUGUGGUCAUUCAGAUGCUGAACUCCUUUAUCUACAGCUUGAGUAAGAGAGACAUGAAGAAAGCCUUCAGGAAAGUAAUAAGUAGGAUAACAUCUUUUUUUAUAAUCUAG